AUGAUGUUCUCCAGGGGUCCGCUUGGUAUUACAUAUCAUGUGGUGGGUGUCAUAGCAAGGCUGUCAAAGGACCUACUUCUCUGUAUUGUAACAAUAAGAAGUGUGAAAAAGUACCUUACUAAGAUCUCAGUUUAUGAUAAGUGUGAGCAAACAAUUUUCACUAAUGUGGACGCAAGAGCCGAUCACUUUGUGCCAGUUCCUGAAGAUUUACUUGCUGCGAUAGGGAAGACUUUCAAGUUUAUUGUGAAGGUGUCGGAACACAACUUUACUGGGAAGACUCAGAGCAUAACUGUCACAAAGAUACUCGCAGCAGAUGCUCCACCUCCUAAUGCUCCCAUGGAAGACGAGGAUAACCCUGAAGCCACCGAUGAUAUUUUGAAGAUUGGAAGUGGGGGAGCUGGUCCUUCCGGUGGCGGACAAACAUUGGAAGGUCAGCUUACCAACGACAGUGGCACAACUGAGCAAAGAUUUUUAACCGUAGGAGAUGCAUAUGAAUUCGCAGGAUUUUCUGUUGCGCACAAUUUCCGUGGGCAGAAAUUUACGCAACUCCCGUACUUCAUUCGGAUCAAUCAAGAGACAACCAUGAUAAAUGUUACUGGUAUAGGCCCGAUCUUCCCUAUACACAAUUUCUCUGCUCUGAAAUACUCAAGCUUGCUUCGCUUAGCCGAUACACCUAGCUACUUUCCGGCACCGAAUGAAAAAGUCACAAUUGGUCUACUUCUGAACAAGUGGAAAAUGGUGAAACUCAAGCUCUGGGGCAAACAAGCAGCAGACUUUAACACCAUCCAAAUCGAGAAAGACAUGAUGCUUAAAGUUGUCAUCAUCACGAGCGUAAUCCCUAAAUUUGUUAAAGAAAAACUAGAACUAUCCUCAUCACCAGCUACAGAUUUCUACUUUGACAAAUCAAUCGGACUCAUCAAGAAUUUCAAAGGAAGGGUCAGAAGACCUCGGCGUGGAUAA